AUGAAUCUAUCUAUCUAUCUAUCUAUCUAUCUAUCUAUCUAUCUAUCUAUCUAUCCUUCCAUCUCUCUGUCUGCCUGCCCAUCUAUCUACCUUUCUAUCUUAAUCCCUUCAUAUCUAUCUAUCUAUCUAAAUCCCUUCGUAUUUAUCUAUCUAUCUAUUUAUCUGUCUGCCUGUCCAUCUAUCUAUCUUUCUUUCAAUCUUAAUCCCUUUAUAUCUAUCUAUCUAUCUAUCUAUCUAAAUCCCUUCAUAUCUAUCUAUCUGUCAAUCUAUCGUCUCUCUCUGUCUAUCUAUAUAUCUGUCUAUCUAUCUAAAAUCCCUUCAUAUCUAUCUAUCUAUCUAUCUAUCUAUCUAUCUAUCUAUCUAUCUAUCUAUCUAAAUGUCUGUCUAUAUUUCCCUAUCCGUGGUUCUCUCUCUCUCUCCUUUCUUUCGCUCUUUCUCAAUUCAUUUUCCAGUUUCCCCUUUUUUAUUUCCCCUCUUUACACAAUUCUCUUUCCCACGCUCCCCGAAUUUUCCUGCUUUCUCUUAUGUUUGUUUGCCUUUCUCACCUUCUUUUUACGUUUUUUUCUGUCUAGCUCUCUCUCUCUUUCUCUCUCUCGUUUUCUUCCCAAUCUCUAG